UCCCUCCUUUAAUUUAUUCAAAAAACAUGGCAUGUUCCAAAAUAUUUUCUGGGGAUAUACCAGAAAUUAUAGAUUAUAUUUUACAAUAUUUACGAAAUGAUUUAAGGUCACUUUACUCAUGUAUUUUCGUAAAUCGAUUAUUUUGUCGUAUUUCAAUUCCAUUACUUUGGGAAGAUCCUUUUUCAAUUCCUUUAAGUAAUAAAACAUUUAUACAUUUUCUUGAUAUCUAUUUUUUAUAUUUAAGUGAUGUAAAUAAAAACACUUUAAAAAAUCAUGGAUUUAAUAUGAUCGAUUCAUUAUCAUUAAAACCUCAUUUAUUUAAUUAUCCAAGUUUUCUUAAAACUGUAAAUAGUUCUCUAAUUGAUUCGCAUUUGAUGGUCUGGAUGAAUAAAUCAAGAAUUUUAAGUAAUGAACUCAAAGCUUCUAGUCAUAUAAAUACUUGUACGAUUAAUUGUCCAUUAACUGAAAUACAAUACAAAGCUUCAAAUAAAACUAAUAUGGAAAAUUUUCGAAAUUUUAUUUAUAAAAAAGCAGAUACAACAUUAAUACUUAAAAUUAAUUUAGCAUAUUUUUUAUUAUUUGAAAUAUUCAUUAAAAACGAUGCAUCAUUAUAUAAAUUACAAUUAGAAGAUCGUUUUUUUAGCACUAAAAAUUUUUAUAAUCUUGAUGAAUUAAUUUUAGAAACUCCAAAAUUUAUUUCAAGAGUUAAGGAUUUUCGUAUAAUAAUAUCAUGUCCUGAAUUUGAAGCGAUACGUAAAUUACAAAAUUUUUUAUCAUCUUUACCAUUAAUUUGUAAUUCUAUUAAAUACAUAGAACUUAAUUUUCCCCAUGAAGUUCAUAACAAAUUUUUACAAGAGAUAAAAAAUUUAUUUAAAUCACAAAUCACUUUAUCAAAAGUUUUAUUUAAUAGAAUUUGUUCAUUAUCAGAAUCUUUAAAAUAUUGUUCAAAUACUUUAACUUCAAUUAGUUUUCAUUUUAUUAUUUUUAAUGAGAAUAUGUUAUUAUUAAAUGAAAUUGAACAUUUAAUACAUAUUCAAUCUUUAGAAUUUAAAUAUUGUGAAAGACCAGAAUUAUUUAUUCAAUCCCUUUUAAAUAUUUCUAUACCAUUAAAAAUUAAAACCUUAAUACUUGAUGAUAAUGUUAUUCAAUCAAUUUUUCCUUUUCAAUUAUUAUUUCAUAAUAUUGGUCCUUAUUUAAAAUAUUUAGUAAUAAUUUAUCAACCAUAUUUUAUUGAAGAUUUUUAUGAAUUUAUUAUUCAAUAUUGUGAAAAAAUUGAAUUUCUUUAUUUAACUGAAAUUAAUAAUUAUGAAAAUUUAUUUUUUCAAAUAAUGGAAUUAUUUAAUAAUAAUUUAAGAUAUCUUACUCUUGAAGUUAAAGGAAAACUUGGUAAAAAUUUUUUAAAAGAAUUGGGUCAAUCAUUACCUAUUAAUUUGGAAUAUUUAGAUUUAUAUUUUGAUCUUGAUCCAAUUAAUUUAACCCAUUUUUUUGAAAAUUGUAAAUAUAUUAAUAAUUUAAAAAAAUUAUUAAUUUGUAAUAGUAGUAAAAAUAAUUUAAAAGCUACUUUAUAUGUUAUUAAAGAAUUUGUUAAAGGGAAAAAUUUAGAAUAUUUAACAUAUGCAAUUACAAAUCAAUUUGUUCUUUCUAAUAAUUUAAAAAAUUUAAUUAAAGAAACUGAAAAUAUUGUAAAAAUGAAAAUGUAUGAUGAUUUAAUUAUUAGACCAUCAGAUAUUGAUGGAUUAAUAUAA